CAGCAAGGAGGCGGCCCCAGCUGGAGUCUAGGACUGGACUGAGCUCCUUUGCACCGUGUCCGAACUGCCGGACCCAAUCGGAGCGGUGGAGAGCACGGGAGCACCGCUGAUUUAGCUCUCGGGCUAUCCCCACCUUCCAGUCCAGCGCCUGGAGCCCCCGGGGCCCCCUCCCCUUCCCUGGAGCCGGAGCUGCACAUGGUGAUGAGUUUCCGGGUGUCUGAGCUCCAGGUGCUUCUGGGCUUUGCAGGCAGAAACAAGAGUGGGAGGAAGCACGAGCUACUGACCAAGGCCCUACACCUUCUCAAGUCUGGCUGCGGCCCCAGUGUUCAGAUGAAGAUUAAAGAACUUUACCGUCGGCGUUUCCCCCGAAAGGCCCUUGUCCCUUCUGAGCUCUCACUGCUGUCUCUGCCCUCGGGAGCUCCGCCGAUCGUCCCUCCUGGUCCCUUGCCCCCUACCCCCUCCGCUCUCUUGCCUUCAGGACCCCUUUUGGGGGGGCCUAAACGUGAGCCUGAUGUACACCCUUCCCUGCCCCAGCCAGUCCACCCUGAUGUCACGAUGAGGCCACUCCCCUUCUAUGACGUGUAUGGGGAACUCAUCCGGCCAACCACCCUUGCAUCCACAAACAGCCAGAGGUUCGAGGAGGCUCAUUUCACCUUUGCACUGACACCACAGCAAGUGCAGCAGAUUCUUGCUUCCAGGGAUAUGCUGCCUGGGGCCAAGUGUGACUAUACAGUUCAGGUACAGCUCAGGUUCUGUCUCUGUGAGACCAGCUGUCCCCAGGAAGAUUAUUUUCCUCCCAACCUCUUUGUCAAGGUUAAUGGGAAACUCUGUCCUCUGCCGGGUUAUCUUCCCCCAACCAAGAAUGGGGCUGAACCCAAAAGACCCAGUCGACCUAUCAACAUCACAUCCUUAGUUCGACUUUCAGCCACUGUCCCCAAUACUAUUGUGGUCAACUGGUCAUCUGAGUUUGGACGGAAUUAUUCACUGUCGGUGUACCUAGUGAGGCAGCUGACCUCAGUGACGCUCCUGCAGAAGCUCAGAGCAAAGGGCAUCCGGAACCCAGACCACUCUCGGGCACUGAUCAAGGAGAAAUUGACAGCUGACCCUGACAGUGAGGUGGCCACGACGAGUCUGCGGGUGUCUCUCAUGUGCCCGUUAGGGAAGAUGCGUUUGGCUGUCCCAUGCCGGGCUCUCACCUGUGCCCACCUACAGAGCUUCGACGCCGCCCUCUACCUGCAGAUGAAUGAGAAGAAGCCGACAUGGACUUGCCCUGUCUGUGACAAGAAGGCUCCUUAUGAAUCUCUGGUCAUAGAUGGAUUAUUCAUGGAGAUUCUGAAUUCGUGCACUGACUGUGAUGAGAUCCAGUUCAUGGAAGAUGGAUCCUGGUGCCCAAUGAGGCCCAAGAAGGAGACUCCAGAGGUUUGCCCCACGCCAGGGUAUGGCUUAGAUGGCCCCCCUUUUGGCCCUGGCCCUGAGGGCAAGCCCCCGGAGUCCAAGAAGAAGAUCGAGGUCAUCGACUUGACACUUGACAGCUCUUCAGAUGAGGAAGACCUGCCCCCUGCCAAGAAGCACUGUCCCAUCACCUCAGCUGCCAUCCCCGGCCCCCCUGGAGGCAAAGGAAUUCUGGCUACCAAUCACCAGCCAUCAUCUGUUCUCCGGAGCCCAGCCAUGGGCACCCUGGGCAGCGACUUCCUGUCCAGCCUCCCUCUUCCCGAGUAUCCACCAGCCUUUCCACUGGGGACUGAAAUCCAGGGUUUGGACUUAUUUACUUUCUUUCAGAAUGAGAGUCAGCACUACAGUCCCUCCGUCAUCACCUCAAUAGAUGAGCAGGAUACCCUUGGCCAUUUCUUCCAGUACCGGGGCACCCCUUCCCACUUCCUGGGUCCACUGGCCCCUGUGCUGGGGAGCUCUCACAGAGGUUCCCCUCCAGCACCCCCUCCUGCCCGAGUCAGCAGCAUCGUGGCUCCUGCGGGUGCCCUGAGGGAUGGACACGGGGGACCCCUCCCACCAGGUUCCUCUUUGACUGGCUGUCGGCCAGACAUUAUCUCCCUGGACUAAAACUCUUGGAUUCUGAACCUCCUCACCCACCUCCAGCACUGACUGGGGACAGCAGGGGAGCCCUGUUCCCCGGCCCCAUGAACUGAUUUUCUCAGGGGCUCCAGCUGGAGGCCAGAAAUUCAUGGACCUGUGCUCCUGGCCCCUCUCUGCCUGGCAGGGCUGGCACCCAAUGGGUUAAUAUUUAACCUCUUUAAAAGGACAUUUUGGGUUUUAUUUUUGGAAAUGCUCUUCAGAUGGAGGCACGUAAGUCAAGAUGGGGCAGGAAGAUGUAAGAGUUGUGCCUAAGUGUUGUUGGGCCUGGAUGGUUUUCCAUUCUUUUCUUCCUUUCCCCUACCACUCUGAGUAUCUCAGAUCUAGACUGGAAACAGCUGGAGUGGGAGGGGGUGAGUGUGAGUGGGUGGAUGGAUAGAUGGGAAAUCUUGAUCAGUCCCCCUCGAUAUUUCUUCUGUGUCCAUUCACCCCCCUUCCACAUGUGGGACGGAUGGACGAAGAGACAGACGUGGCCUGAGAUCUCUAUUUUCAGUUGCAGCUUUUUUGUACAUAAAUGAGAAAAACCAAAAAACUCCAAAGAUGGCCUCUACUCCUUUCUCAGUCUGACUGAGGAUGAGAUGAGAUCUACCUCCUCUGCCUCUCUGAGGUUUGGGAUGGGAGAGGAGGUAGGGUUUUGUCCUGUUGCCUGGUUCUCUAUUUAUAUAUAUAUAUAUAUAUAUAAAUAUAUAUAUAUGUAUAAAUAGAAAAAUAUAUAUAUUUAAGUUGAUGAUGAUUCCCCAAGACCUCCCUCUCCUGGGGUCUGAGUUUCUAGUGGGAUCCAUAGUCUUAGAGAGUUAUGGUCAUGGAACUCAUUCUGCACCUUUUGGGGGGGAGGAGACAGUCCCCCUUCCCCCAAAUUCACCCUUUCCUCUUUUAUGACCUUUGUUUUAAUUUAAUUUCAUAUUUCCAAAGUUGUAGCAAUGUUCUCACCGACAAUAAAGGUUGUGAAUCCUAUGUAUGGCCAUAGGGAAAUG